AUGGCAACUCCCGUCCACCUCCGCCUCCCCUCUACUCUGCAACCCAAACCCGGCACCACGCCUGCCCAAAUCCCCCCACCAACCCUCCAAUGGCUCUCAGGCACCUGGCACGUAACCCACUCCACCCUUCCCAUGUGGAAAAAGGCCCGCAACGUCCAGAUAAGCUACACGCCAUUGACCGGCACCACCCCCGCAAAGAUAGACGAUGUAGUCACAUACCAAUCCCUCACCUCAGACACAAUCAAAUCAAUUCACGGCGUUGAUAAGCCGUUUAAUGUGUACGAUCCUAAUCAUGAUCCCAACGUUGCGACAUCUACGAAUACUACCACUGCUGCUGCCAAUGAUGCUCAGCAGGGCGAGAAAGCGUACUUGGGUUAUAAUUGGCGCGGAAAGGGCUGGCUGAUGAUUGCAAGUAGUAAGUGGGAGAUCUUGGGCUAUGGAGAUGAGGAAGGGGGGAAUGGGUGGGCGGUUACUUAUUUUGCAAAGACCUUGUUCACACCUGCGGGCGUGGACUUUUACUCGAAAGCGGGUAAUCUGAGGCCGGAGACGUUGCAGAAUAUCAAGGCUGGGCUGGCAGAGCUGGGCGGCGACGUUGCGAAGUUGGCUGGUGAGGUUUUUGAGGUCAAGAUGGAUAAUGCUAGGAAGGACUAA